AUGCUCAGAUACCACCUGACGGCGAUCGCUGGGCUAUUCGCAAGCCAAGCUGUCGCUGGAGGACUCAAUGCCCCAUUACCGGACAACAAUGUUUUCGACUACGUCGUGGUCGGUGGUGGUCCAGCAGGUCUCACCGUCGCAAACCGUUUGAGCGAGAAUGCCAAUGUCCAGGUCCUACUACUGGAGUCUGGAGAAGCCGACAACUAUCCUGAGAGCAUUAUGAUCCCAUACUACCAAGGCGCGGCCGGAUCAGUCAACGGCAAAUGUGGUGGAUUCAAUUGCAGAACGAUACCUCAAGGCAAAGGCUUAGGUGGUGGCACCCUUAUCAAUGCUAUGCUUUGGAACCGUGGUGAUCGAGAAGACUACGAUACUUGGAGUCAGCUUGGGAACGACGGAUGGGACUAUGAUUCGCUUCUGGAGUUCUUCCAAAGAAGUGAAACCUUCAAUCAACAGCCUUCGAGCGAGGUCGCAACAACCUAUAGUCAGGGCUAUGAUGCUUCCCAGCAUGGUGAGGUGGGUCCUCAAAAUGUUUCGUUCCCGGCCUUCCAGUAUCCGGCUAGUCAACAGUUCUUUGCCGCCUUGAACCGCAUGGGAGUACCGACACAACCUGAUCCUGCUGCACCCGCCGAAAAGGGGACUAUGUACCUACCUCAAGGUAUUUCUCAGCUCAAUCAGUCUCGUGCAGAUGCACGUAGAGCUCGAUGGGAUCCUGUUGCCGGUCGUGAGAACUUCUAUAUCUCCACUGGUCAACACGUCCGCCGAAUUCUGUUUGAUGGUGGCUGCGCUGCUUCUGAGAACAAUGCUGCCCGAGCCGUGGGAGUCGAGGUCUCAGCUGGACCCGAUGGAAGGGUAUGGACCGCUGUAGCCGCUCGCGAAGUUAUCCUUGCUGCUGGCGCUCUCCGUACUCCUCAGCUCUUGGAAUUGUCUGGUAUUGGCGACAAGAAUGUCCUCGCGAAAGCAGGAGUACAAAGUCGCAUCAAUCUGCCUGGAGUAGGAAACAACCUGCAGGACCACAUGCUUAUGCAUAUGACUCAAGGUUUCAAUAACCAGAGCUAUGUCUACCCGAACAUCAUGCAAAACAAGACGAUCAAUGAUUGGGCAAGGUCAGUGUACUACCGCAACCGCACCGGACCUUACACAUUUGGACCUCCAGACGGCAAUGGCUUCUUUUCGCUCCCUCAGAUCUCGAACCGCGCACAGGAGAUUGCUCAGAACGCCUCAGCGUUCUCCGAUGAAGAUCAUCUAGCUGAAGGGCUAGAUGAUAGUGUUAUUCGUGGCUACGCUCGUCAACGCGCUCUUCUCAUCCCUGCGCUCAACAAUAGUCGACGUGCUAUCAUUGAGUUCUUGCAGGACAACGCUGGUAACACUCAGAUUUCCAACCAGCGUCCUCUUACGCGUGGAAAUGUUCAUAUCAAUGGAACAGACCCCUUUGCCUACCCCACACUCGAUUUCCGCUAUGGCAGCAACCCCAUCGAUAUGGCUGUCAUGAUGGAUUCAUUGCGUUUCAAUGAUGAGUUGUUCCAACAACCAGAACUGCAGAUUCUUCAGCCAGUGCAGAAAGACCCGCCUCACGCAGCCACUGAAGCGCAGUUACAGGAGUUCUUGAAUCGCGCGCUGGGCACUGAGUUCCACCCAUCAUGCACUGCCGCCAUGAUGCCCAGAGACGAUGGUGGUGUCGUUGACCCUAACUUGCUUGUGUAUGGAACUCAAAACAUCCGUGUGGUUGAUGCCAGCAUUUUCCCGAUCCUUCCUGCUGCUCAUCUUGAGUCUGUCAUUUACGCUGUGGCUGAGAAGGCCGCAGACUUGAUCAAAAAGUCUAAUGAACAAGGCAGUGUUCCAUACUUGCCUCUUGAUCAGACUCAAUGUACCACGGCUGCCACAGCCAACGCUAAGCGUGCUGUGCAAAUUGGACAGGUCCAGGCGUAUAGUUCUGCCACGGCUUCAUAUUCGGCGUCGUCAUCGUCGUACUCCAGCUCAGCCUCUUAUUCGACCAACGGCACCGGAUCCUAUGAUAGCUCAUCGAGUAUGCACGGUCUCACUGGAUACUCGGGUUCUGUAGACGAUGGACUUAUUGGUAUGGUCAAUGGUUAUCCUGCCGUUGGAUACCCGAACUACAACCCAUCAGGGACCAAAGGGUUCGACAUUCUGGCAUCUGAUCGUCCAGCUUCGAUUGGUCUUCCUGUUGGAGCCGCACUCAAAUGGGCAGAUUGUCUUAUCGAGGGUCUUGUUAUUGAUCCUCUAGAAGGUCUCAUUCGCACUGUUGACGGCAUUGUGGAGGAAACAGGCCAUGUGCUACAAAACGCAACGGGUACUGUUCUCGGAGGUCUGAAUCACACUGUUGAGGCUACGAUCAAAACAUCAGGUCUUGCCUCUGGCAUUUUGGGUGGCAUUGCUGCAAGGAACGAACGGCGUUUUGUUGCCUGA